AUGCUUCAGACAAAGCGCGCUACUGGAGACCUGCGUUACAAGUUAUCCCUAUGGUCAUCAUCAAACGCACUCAUCUACGCUUUCCGUUGCAACAGCUCACCCACAUUCAGGCUAGACAAAGCUUAUCAACAGGCUCUUUUUACGUCAAAGCAACGCACGAUAUUCAAUUCUACUAGGAUGAAGGAGGAAAAGAUUAAGAAAAUAAAGAGCAUCAUUGACUUUUUCACUACUCCAAUAGAUGAAGCUGAACUAAUAGAUGGAGAGAGUAAACCUGAUGAGUUAUAUACUCUUUGCGAUGAUCCUAUGCAAGUACCUAUCAAGCUCAUUGACGAACAGCUGAGAUUUGUUGAUCUUGCAACACUUCAAGAACUGUUUGUUGAAAAUUCUGGGUUUCUUGUUGUUGGUGCCAUUGGUUUGCAGGAUCGUGUAAUUCUUUUAGAUGUUCAGCCUCUUCUCUCAUUUGCACUCACAAAUUAUCAUACUCAUAUGGCCACUUCUGCAGAAAUGACAUCAACGUCAGCUGGAAAUCAUACAGGACUUUCAUCUCCCAUAGGUCCUGGUAAUUGGAACUUGGAUGUUUGGGCUGAAAUGGCGUCUAUGCAGAUUGUGGCAUUUUAG